UCAUCCCAAAAUGUAGAAGAAGCUAUUGAUGCAGCUAAACAAGUUGAGAGUGAACAGUUAUCCUUAAACUAUGCAACUCUCUCCAAUGCGUUAUCCGCUCAACUUGAAGGAAAACCUGAGAGAAGAAAGCCAAAAGAUGAUAGAAAUCCUACAAAA